UCCCCCCUCUCUGCGCUCCAGAAGAAAAUAUUUGUAUUUGAUAAGCUCUUUUGUUUAUUGGCAGGUGUCUAUUUUUGUUGUGCCAGAUUAUAAGCCCCCUCUUGCAGCGUGCGUUAUGAAUGAGGUCCUAGAACUGAUUUCUGCUGAAUCUACAUCCACUGAGCAAGUUCUAAUUGUCCCAUUCAUCACAAGAUCAUCAAGCUAUCAUCAUGGAAUGGAACAUGCAACCAAAGCAUCGCCUGUCCUUCAUGGUGCUGAAAUAGGGGCAACAACUGACUUCACUCACUUGUUGGUUGACGGGACUACUAAACCUCCUACAUCCUUGCAAAUACGUAGUGAACCAAUAGUAUGUUUGCUAGAAAUGGUACGAGUGUUGAAGAUGCCUACAGUUCUUCUUGUCACUUCUGGUGGGCAGCAGCAAGGGAAAAGCUCUACAGUUUCUGAUGUUGAGAUAUUGCAGUGUGUAGGACAGCACUUGGCCAGGCACACCAACUUGGAUUUCAGUAAAGAAUCCGUUCUCGAGAGGGGGAUUGAAAAAACACCAAUCGUUCAGGAACCCUGGCGCGAGCUAUAUGGGUGACGAAAUUCUUGCAUGUGGGUGCCCUUUGAUCUUAGCUUAGUCGGCUAUACAUGUUUGAGUUAGUGAAUUGUGCGGUGUUUUUGAGCUGGAAUCAGGAAUCAUGGCAGAUCCGGUCUCUGUCCAAGUCUUGUAACAUGAUGCGCAGGAUAGCACUUGGCCAUCAGUUGUCGAACUUAGUAGACUUUGAUGUUUAUGCCUGCUUGGCAAAUCAAUUCAUCAGCAAGAAAUCUGAUGUAUUUCAUGUAUAGAGCUUGAACUCUUCGGCAGUUGGACACGAAAUGAACAUCUUCUAGCGAA